CACAAGAAAUUCCGUCCUCCCCCUUCCUCUGCUUCUACCUCCCCCCCCUUUCCACCAUGAUCGACGUUCUAAGAGUUCUAAGCAAGCAUGCUUUCUUCCUCUGGCUUUCUGGCUUCAGAGAAGCCUGCUCCCUACACCGAGCCUUCUUCUUCUGCAAGAGGUCGAGGAAGUUGGCGAUCAGAACGGGACAGUGCUUCAUUCUGAACGGCCUUAUUUUCUUAGGAAGCAUCCUUCUUCUCAAUUCAGUCAUUAAGCCAAUUCUGUUUUCAAUAUUGCCACAUGAUUGUAGACAGCUUAGUUCAAGUGUACCAUGUGACUUUCAGCGAACUUUAAAGCUUUACGCUUUCUUACGCUCACUCCUAAUUGAGAUUUUUUAUGUACUUUGGUUUUACCCAUUAUAUCUUUUCAGCUUCAUAAUAAGCAGUUUAUGGUACAAUGACAUUGCGCAACAAGCUUUUCUUGUUAUGGAGGACACUUCACAUGCCAAGGAACAUCCCUCAGGUUCAAGCACAAGCACUACUGCAUUUGUUGACAAGCGGGAAGGGUUUGAAGGGUUUGUAAUUGGGCUCGCAGAGCAAAUUUAUUCUGUUCUCUUGCUGAUAUUUUUCUUCAUUGAGGUUUCUUUGGUUGGGCUUCUCCCCUAUAUUGGCGUCCCAGCCAAGUUUAUUCUCCUCUCCUGGAUGUAUUCGUACUACUGUUUUGAGUAUAAAUGGAAUCUUGCUGAUUUUGGAUGCAAAGAAAGGCUAGAGCUCUUCCACACAAACUGGGCCUUCUUCGCAGGUUUUGGUAGCCCCUGUGCCUUGGCAAUUUUCUUUUUCUCUCCACUUGUUAGUGGUGGAGUCAUGGCCAUUCUCUUUCCCCUGUUUGUGCUCUCAGCAACUGGGACUCAGGAGAGGCAAUUAAUUCUUUCUCAUGGAAAAAUGAUGGGAAGCAGAGAACCUGUGAAGAUCCCAGUGUUUUAUGCUGUCGAUAUCUUAGCAACAUGGACACUGCGACACUUUUUCAGCGCUACAUCGCAUGGCAAGUCGGAUGACAAGGCACAUUAAGAUGUCCUAUGGGCAUCGGUGGUUUGAUUUCUUGAACAAGUUUCCAAGCAGAGCUACAUGUUUGGACAACAUACCCGGAGAAUUGACUACAUCCUGUUCAAUGUAUAACUAUUGUGCUCUGCAAACUUGAAGAUGCUUUCCAGUCGUGGGUGAAGACUAUUUUUGGAUUUCUUCAGCUUGAUGAUAAUUUGAAGUCGACAAUCAGAGUGCCUGUACAAAAGGUAGAAAGCCAUUGUCCCCCAGAAAAACGGUGUGCAUUUUCUUCUUACAUUAGGCAAUUUCCCUGCAAAUGUAUCAUGUAUGACAUGGUUCACAUGAAGGCCUGUAUUGAUGCACAUGAAACUGCAAAAGCGCGACUCCUGUCGCAUGUAUAUUCAAAGCAAUUAAAGCAUUUGUUCAUCAAAA